AUGGCAUCGAGAGCCUCAAGAGGUAGGAAGCAGGCUAAGAAAGGUGUUCAGUUGACCUUGAUGGUCGUAGGAGCAUCCGGUACAGGUCGAACUACAUUCGUAAAUACCCUCGUUGAAUCAGUCUUACUCGAACAUCGAACUGCCAACUUGCUCGUUGAUCCUCACAAUCCUCACUCGGGUCUGGACCCUAACCUUGUCCAACAAGCUGCUUCUCAAGCUAAUGUCGAAGAACCCAUCAGGAUCAAGCCUGUCAAUGUUGAAUUGGAGGAAGAUGGAGUAAGGAUCGCUUUGACUGUGGUCGAUACUCCUGGGUUCGGUGAUGGGAUUGAUAAUGAAUAUGCCUUCCAAGAAAUCUCUUCCUACCUCGAAAGACAAUACGAUGAUAUCUUAGCCGAAGAAUCUAGGAUCAAGCGUAAUCCCAGAUUUAGAGAUAACAGAGUUCACGCUUUGUUGUACUUUAUCCCUCCUACUGGACAUGCCUUGCGAGAAAUGGAUAUCGAGCUCAUGAGAAGACUUUCUCCUCGAGUCAACGUCAUUCCCGUCAUUGGUAAAGCCGACAGUUUAACUCCUACCGAGUUGAGGGCUUUCAAAAAGCGGGUCAUGGAAGAUAUUGAAUACUACAACAUCCCAGUGUACAACUUCCCUUACGAUGCUGAAGAGGAUGAUGAAGAGACCAUCGCGGAUAACUCAUCUUUGAGAGCUUUACUUCCUUUCGCCAUCGUGGGCUCAGAAGAGGAAAUCAUGAUUGAUGGUGAACCCAUCAGAGGCAGACGAUACCCAUGGGGUAUAGUCGAGGUCGAUAACCCUGAUCAUUCGGAUUUCUCAAGAUUGAGAAGCGCUCUUUUGAUGUCCCACCUCACCGAUCUCAAGGAAAUCACCCACGACUUCUUAUAUGAGAAUUAUAGAACUGAGAAAUUAUCAAGAUCUGUCGGCGGUAAUGAUCCUGAUUCAUCCAUCCUUCCUGAAGAUAUGGCCAACCAAUCUGUCCGACUCAAGGAAGAGCAACUCCGAAGGGAAGAAGAGAAACUGCGUGAGAUCGAAUUGAAGGUACAAAGGGAGAUUCAAAUGAAACGACAAGAACUAUUGGCUAAAGAAGAUAGUUUGAAAGUUCUUGAAGCUAGACUGGCCGCUCAAGGUAAUGGUCAUUCCAGAGAUGGUACCCUUUAA